GGGCUGCAGGCUUCCCGCGGCAAAGUACAAAUGCACGGCGUCUGGAGCCCGAAGCGUGCACAGCGGCCUCGCUCAGCCUCUCCCGCGCCGCCGCCGAGGGUCCUGCAGUCCCAUCGCGCCGCUGGUCCGUGCCAGAGUCCGCACCGCCGCACCGCCGCCAGCCAGCGCCACCCGAGCACCGAACCCCGAGAGCCACGCGCGCCCCGCAGACCCCGGUUCUCUAGCUAGCGCCUUCUCCCUUUCUGCCAUCGCUUUUCCCUCCUGCCGGACCUUCCUCUAACUCCUCAUCUCCCAUCUCUCCAUCUCUCUCCCUUUUCUCCUUGUCCCCUUCCUACUGUCCUCUCAUCCCCACCUGAGACCUCUCCUGUCCUUGGCUCCUCUUCAUCUUUACUUCUUUGACUCCUUAGGCAGUGGUCCUACUUGGUCCUGGGAACUUUUACGUUCCUCUCAGAGUCUUACUUUCUCCCGGCUCAUCCCGGGGUUGUCUGACCUUGGGGCAAAGAAGGAUGGUUCCCGGGGUGAGAAUCUUCUCCUCUUUGCUGGGACUCGUGAUGCUCUGGUUCCCCUUGGACUCGCAAGCCCGAGCCCGCCCAGGCAAAGUCUGCCUUUUCGGUGAGAAGAUAUAUACCCCUGGCCAGAGCUGGCACCCCUACCUGGAACCACAAGGCACGAUAUACUGUGUGCGAUGUACCUGCACGGAGAGUGGCCACGUGAAUUGUUACCGCCUCCGCUGCCCGCCCCUCCGCUGCUCACAACCUGUGGUGGAGCCGCAGCAGUGCUGCCCCAGGUGUGUGGCUGACUUACCUUGCUCAGGAACCACACGCCCCUUCCCUCCAUCCUCUACCUCAGGGGUGACCUCAAGGCUGUUUGUGCCCAGGGAAAGAGGCUCUCCUGGGCCCCAAGGUUGUUCAACAGAGUUCAUUUCCAGUCUGGUGUGUUCUGUCUGUCAGGAAGGACACACCUACUGCGGUCUCAUGACCUGCCCUGACCCUGGCUGCCCCACCCCACUCCCUCUACCUGACUCCUGCUGUCAGACCCGCAAAGACAGGACAAGUGAGAGUUCAACUGAAGAAGACUUGGCGCAGUUGCAGCCCGGAGAGAGACAGGAUCCGCACUUGGAGGAGGGAAAGAGGAGAGUCCCCAGCACUCCAGCACCGACCAGCCUCAGUUUCCCUCUGGGUUUCAUCCCUCGCUACUUCCGACCCAUGGGAACGGGCAGCACCACCGUCAAGAUUAUUCUGAAGGAGAAGCAUAAGAAAGCCUGCACCCACAACGGGAAGACGUACUCCCACGGGGAGGUGUGGCACCCUACUGUGCUCUCCUUCGGCCCCAUGCCCUGCAUCCUGUGCACCUGUGUGGAUGGCGAGCAGGACUGCCAUCGCGUGACCUGCCCCACCCAAUAUCCCUGCAGUCAACCCAAGAAGAUGGCUGGGAAGUGCUGCAAGAUCUGCCCGGAUGAGGCAGAUGCCGACCACAGUGAGGUCAUUUCCACCAAGUGUCCCAAGGUGCCAGGCCAGGUGUCUGUGUACACGUUGGUCUCUCCAAGCCCAGACGGUCUGCACCGCUUUGUCCUGGAGCAUGAAGCCUCUGACCAGGUGGAGACCUACAUCUGGAAGCUAGUAAAAGGAAUCUUCCACUUGGUUCAAAUCAAGAGAGUCAGGAAGCAAGAUUUCCAGAAAGAAGCUCAGAACUUCCGGUUACUCACUGGCACCCAUGAAGGUUACUGGACCAUCUUCCUAGCCCAGACUCCAGAGCUGAAAGUCACAGCCAGCCCAGACAAAGCGACCAAGACAUUAUAACCAGGACCUAAACAGUUGCAGAUAUGAGAUUUAUUGUUUUUGUUAUUGUAUAUUAAUAAAGAGGUUGCAUUAC